AAUAGCGUCUCAGAAACCAAGUUCAGUUUGUAUUUGAUUGGUGGAACCCUAUUGUAGUUUUGACCUGGCGGCGAGUGAGCGAAAAAAAAAAAAAAAUUUGACCUUAUAAAGCCGAUCACCCUAAAACAUGGGCGAGUCAACAACACGCAGUUUUGCGACAUUACAAGAGGAGCUGGGCUUUUGGAAGGAACAGGCAAAUACACACCAGCAGAGGGCAGAUGAAGCUCAGGAGGAGCUGCAGGAGUUUCAACAGAUGAGUCGGGAUUAUGAAGCAGAGCUGGAAGCUGAGCUGAAACAGUGUGAAGCUAGGAACAAGGAAUUGCUGCAAGACAACAACAGACUCCGAACGGAACUGGAAAACAUUAAGGAGAAAUUUGAGAAUCAACACACUGAUACUUACAAGCACAUCUCCACACUGGAGGACACUCUAGCAGAGACUACAGCAGUCAAAGACCACCUACAGAAAUAUAUACGAGAGCUAGAACAAUCCAAUGAUGACCUUGAGAGGACUAAAAGGGCUACCAUUAUGUCUCUGGAGGACUUUGAACAGAGGAUGAACCAUGUCAUUGAAAGGAAUGCUUUUCUUGAAAGUGAGCUGGAUGAAAAGGAGAACUUGCUUGAGUCUGUCCAGAGGCUCAAAGAUGAAGCCAGAGAUCUCCGGCAGGAGCUGGCAGUGCGUCAGAAGGAAAGGCGACCCUCCAGCAGCAUGGGCAAAGACCACGAUCGGCCAGACUUGUCGUGCCCUUCCGCUAGUAACCCAAUGACCCCUGUUACCCCGUCCAAGCCAAUCAGUUCGUUUGGCACACCGCCUACUUCCAGCAUUCGGCGAGGUGAUGGUCUCACAGGUACUCCUCUCACAACGUCUGCAAGAAUAUCUGCAUUGAACAUUGUUGGGGAGCUACUGAGAAAAGUUGGGAACCUGGAGUCCAAGCUGGCGUCAUGUAGAGAUUUUGUGUAUGACACAUCGGGAACCCGGCCUGCGCUGCCCCUCGCCCCUUCUAGUCCAUGUGGUCUCGAUAGUGGGGCUGACAUCCAAGCUAUCAGCAUGAGCCCUCCUCCACAGUAUGACAGUUUAGUAAAGCGGCUAGAAUUUGGACCAGCACCUCCACGAGUCGUAUCUCAAGGCGGUCAAUCUCCACAGGGAGGAGUCAAGAUGCUAUUGUGAGGAACGUGCACCUCCUUCAUUCAACUCACACCCACUCUCUCAUCAUAACAUGAGAACUUUGAACAUUGAACUCGUUGAACCUGAAAACCACUUUUCUUUGCUCCAUAUGAUGCAUGGAAUUUUGCUUCCUCAGACACGGUUCUAUCACACCAUAUCAUGGGAUGUGGCACAGCAAUUGUAUGCGUAGCAUCCACGUUCAUGUGUGAAUGUGGUGAGGGGCUUCAAAGGAACACUGUUUUCACAUGCUACCUAAAUGAGAUUGGUCACUUUCAUGUAACCAAUAUUCCAGACAUGAAAGUGAUUCUAAUUUCAGAACCAUUAAAUGAUCUAACAAUAACAUCACCAGCUUGUUGUUUACGUACAAACCUAAGCUACAAUAAGAGAAAUACUUUUUCCUCCCCUGUAUAUAUAUACAUAUGUUUAUAUACAGUGUUUUUCUUUAUUAUUCCUGGAAGCGUAAACAAUGACAUCAAUAAAUUGUAUAUGCAUUAUGUGAUGCGGUAGAGCUUUGGGUUAGUUCCUGCCAGGGCUUUGUUUUUAGCCAAGGCUACCUUCCUCCAUAUCAUGUGGAAGUUCAAAAUUUCAAUAUUUUAUUAGGAAUAGAACCUAGACGACAGGUCAAAGGUUUAAACUGAGAAAAUGUAUCAUUUAAUCCUUAGAUGCACAAGUGACUGGACCCUACGCUCUUCCAUAAGUGGGUCAUAAAUGACCCAUACUACAAUCAAUGUGUUUUUAUGCCAUUUUAGUUAAGAAUAAUUACUUGUAUAAUACGUAGUACAGUGGUACCUCUACAUACGAUCGCUUCGACACACGAACUUUUCGACAUCCGACGUAAAAUUUGACUCGCCAUUUGUUUCUACAUCCGACGACAUGCUCGAAAUACGACGACAAUGGCAGCACCGCAGACGAAUGCACGGCGGAUUUUCUUGUGUGACAAAUCAACACAGGUUUCAGAAAAGGUUGGUACAGGUGGUGAAACAAGGAAAAAGUUGAUGCUUACCUUCGAAAUGAAGAUGCAAAUGACAGAAAAAUAUGAGCGUGGGGUGGGCAUCCGUGAAAUGGCUCAACAAUACAUCUCCACGGUCCUCCUCCGACCAUCGUUCGCCAGUCUUUAUAAAUUAAGCUGACAAUUCUUAUUGUCUCCAAAGAAAUCGCCAGCUUCGCCACGUUUUCAUCAUUUCUUUUACAACUUAUUCAACACAAAACGCCUGCUGUCUGCCGCAAUUGAUGGUGUUCUCAAGAGAACAUUCAAAGUGAAAGUGAAACACAAGCUCACCGGUCUGUCUCUGGCACGUGAGCCCCGCGGUGCGUUCAGGUACACAAAAAAACGUCCGCCUUAUUAGAACCCGAUUCGUUACACUAUUACAGGAAUUAUUAUUAUUCUUUUUAUUACAUUAUUCCAAUUUUGAUUUAUAAUUUAUUUGUUUUGCUACGUGUAAUUGCCAUUUGUAAUAGCACCAGCAGUAUUUUUUAAGUAUUUAGUGCAGGUUUUUGGGCUGUGGAACGAAUUAAUGGAAUUAUAAUGUAUUCCUAUGGGAAAAUCCUGCUCGACAUACGACCAUUUCGACUUACAAACAAGGUCCUUGAACGGAUUAACUUCGUAUGUAGAGGUACCACUGUAUUAUAUAUAGGACCACACAAGAUUGAUUUCAUGUUUGAAAUACUUACAUAAUUUUUGCAUUUUUGAAAAAGAAAAUUACAAGAACAGCAAUAGACUCCAUCCCCUCUUGGAUUAUAUCAUCCGUGAUGAAGAGUUCCCACGCAUCUUUUUGGUGAGACAGUGGUGCUAAGCCCUUGUGCAGGUCCUGACAAACUUCUGAGGCUAUUGUGGCUCAGUGUUCUGCCCUGGGUGGAUGGUAACUCGCUCUUUCUAGUGAGAGCCCUGCCAACUCAUUCGGUCGGCCAUGAUUUGGACACUUUCUCUUUUAAAAGGACACAUAAGUGGAAUCUUGUGAGUCGGAUUGAGCCUGUACAGUUGGAUUUGAUGGUGGAUUACUGCCACUGCCACCUGGACAAUAGCCUGGGUCCUCAGACUCUGAGUCCAACCCUGUUACUGCAUCUCCAUCAUCCAGUUUCUGUAGGACCAUUUCAGCUGUGAAUCUAGCAGCCAUGACACCUUGGAUAAGGAAACAUCAAUGUUUUCAAAAGAUCAAUAUGUACAGUGCCUUGCAAAAGUAUUCGGCCCCCUUGAACCUUGCAACCUUU